AACCCAACACUUUGAAUAACCAUCCUCAACAUUGCAAAUAAAAGUAUUCAUUUGUAACAUAGGCAACUAUAUACAAUGGCCACUUCAACAAUGGCUCUCUCUUCUUCUUCUUCUUCUACACUUGUUGGAAAGACAAUAAAAGUUUCCCCUUCCACUCAGAACAUUGGAAUGGGAAGAGUCACUAUGAGGAAAUCAGCCACAAAGAAAAGUGUUUCUUCUGGAAGCCCAUGGUAUGGUCCAGACAGAGUAAAAUACUUGGGCCCAUUAUCUGGUGAAGCCCCAUCUUAUCUAACAGGUGAAUUUCCAGGUGACUAUGGUUGGGACACUGCUGGGCUUUCUGCUGACCCAGAGACAUUUGCCAAAAACCGUGAACUGGAGGUCAUCCAUUCUAGAUGGGCUAUGUUGGGGGCCUUGGGAUGUGUGUUUCCGGAAGUGUUGUCACGCAAUGGUGUUAAAUUUGGUGAGGCUGUGUGGUUCAAAGCUGGAUCCCAAAUAUUUAGUGAAGGUGGGCUUGACUACUUGGGUAAUCCAAGUUUAGUUCACGCACAAAGCAUUCUUGCUAUUUGGGCUUUCCAAGUUAUCCUAAUGGGUGCUGUUGAGGGUUACCGUAUUGCUGGUGGGCCUCUUGGUGAGGUCGUUGAUCCACUCUAUCCUGGUGGCAGCUUUGACCCAUUGGGCCUUGCUGACGACCCAGAGGCUUUUGCAGAAUUAAAAGUGAAAGAACUAAAGAAUGGUAGAUUAGCUAUGUUCUCUAUGUUUGGUUUCUUCGUUCAAGCUAUUGUCACUGGAAAGGGACCUAUUGAGAAUCUUGUUGACCAUAUCGCUGACCCUGUCAACAACAAUGCUUGGGCCUUUGCCACUAACUUUGUUCCUGGAAAGUGAAUUAAAACUAUGUGAAUUUCUUAUUGUUAAUUAAUUUUGUAAAGUAAGUGCAAUGAAUGUCCAAGUUUUGAGCACUUUAAGUAUUGUAUAAUUGAUUCUUCCAAAAUCUCUGCUAUAAUAUCACUUGUAAUUGCAUUCUUAUAUGAGCAUUACCAUAAAGGCUAA